CCCUUUUCCAUUUAAAGAAACUUGCUCAAUAAAACCCUGAGAGAGAUUCCUAUUACACACAGCGAGAGACUUCCGUUAGCUGUCUGGUUCCCCUAGCUCUGGGCGACGUUAACUUUUUUGUGCUAAUUUUAGGGUUUCAAUCGCUAGUUUCUCUAAAUAUAUGGCCCCCGAUGCCUCUGAUGCUCUUGCAGUCAGGCAGAAAGUUCAGCAGUUCCUCACUGCUGCAAGAACCGGGAACCUCGAUCUUCUGAAAAAUGUAGCAGCGCAGCUCGAUGAUGGGAGAGGAAUCGCAAAAGCUGUGGCGGAUAUAAAGGAUGCUAACAAACGAGGGGCUCUUCAUUUUGCGGCGAGGGAGGGACAGACUGAAGUGUGCAAGUUCUUAGUGGAGGACUUGAAGCUUGAUGUGGAUACCAAGGAUGAAGACGGUGAUACUCCUCUUCUUCAUGCUGCUCGUCAAGGACAUACUGCUACUGCUAAAUACCUUAUUGAGCAUGGUGCCAAUCCUUCCAUUCCAAGUGAUUUAGGGGCCACACCUUUGCAUCAUUCUGCAGGGAUAGGAAAUAUCGAGUUGCUGAGGUAUUUACUUUCCAAGGGCGUUGAGGUAGAUUCUGAAAGUGAUGCAGGCACUCCUCUAAUUUGGGCUGCCGGUCAUGCUCAGCCUGAUGCUUUGAAAGUUUUGUUGGAGCACCAUGCUAACCCUAAUAGUGAAACUGAAGAUAAUAUAACUCCACUAUUGUCAGCUGUUGCUGCCGGUUCAUUAGCUUGUUUAGAAUCAUUAGUUCAGGCAGGUGCUAAUGUAAAUGUUAUUGCUGGUGGAGCCACUCCAUUGCAUAUUGCUGCUGAUAAUGGUAGCCCUGAAAUCUUGAAAUGUUUAUUAAAAGCUGGGGCUGAUCCUAAUGUCACUGAUGAGGAUGGCCAGAAACCAAUACAGGUUGCAGCAACAAGAGGUAAUCUUGCAGCCGUUGAGAUCCUUUUUCCCGUGACAUCAAAAGUUCAAGCCAUCCCAGAGUGGACUAUUGAUGGAAUUCUCAGAUAUAUGCAGUCUGAAACUAACAAACAAAUGGAAGAAAUGAGGAAUCCAAGGGAAUUAAUCGAUACAGAGGGCACUGCAGUACCAAAAAAGGAUCUCCCUGAGGUAUCACCUGAAGCAAAGAGGAGAGCUGCAGAAGCAAAAUCAAGAGGAGAUGAAGCUUUCAGAAGAAGGGAAUAUCGUAUGGCAGUGGAUGCUUAUACACAAGCAAUUGAUCUCGAUCCUACUAAUGCCACGUUGCUUUCAAAUAGAAGCCUUUGUUGGGUACGCUUGGGACAACCUGAGCAUGCAUUAACUGAUGCGAAGGCUUGCAGAGCAUUAAGACCAGAUUGGUCAAAAGCUUGCUAUCGGGAAGGUGCAGCUCUACGUUUAUUGCAGAGGUUCGAUGAAGCAGCAAAUUCAUUUUAUGAGGGGGUGAUGCUUGACCCUGACAAUAAGGAGCUUGUGUCAGCAUUUAGGAUCUUUCGACGAAGCAGAUUAUUGGUAGAGGGAGUGAGUCAGAGGGUCUUUACGUCUUGGAUCAGCAACUACCUCGAUCUCCUCGAUCUCUGGGAAGCUGUUGAAGCUGGAAGGAAGUUUCAUGGUACAGAUGAAAAAAAAUCAUGAUAUCUUCAGCAACAUAUGAACACCUGGAAAAGAGACAAACAGUUGUGAUGAAUCCCCCCCCAACCCCCCCUCCACGCUCCCCCCUCUAUUUUAUUUUUCCGCCUCUUUCGCCUUCCCUCUUCUAUGCUUGGUGAGAAACUGUCAUCAUAUCUUUGUUUUGUGUUAAAGCACCAUGAAAAAAAGGGUGAAGAUUGUGUGCACAUAAUCUACUAAUAUUUAAUAGCUAAUUAAAAUGUUAGAUGUGUUCCCUCAA